CCCCUGAUGCACAGACUAUAUCCACAUAUUGUGCCUUUUUGCGUCCCAGAUGGUAUAGAAAUCGCAAGAUCCCCAGCUGAGUCGAAGAACGCCAUAGAUCGCAUCCUCAAGCAUAAAAGGUCGUCACAAAAGUGAUAAUUCACAGCUAGUCUCGCAUUUGGGUUCAAUUAGCACCAAAAGAAUAGCAAAGGAUCAUGCCGACGGCCGUUGACCAUGGCCACGCAAGCCAGCGCAGCUUCUCCAAGCAGUCGGAGCAGCUGCACCGGCGGCUGAGCAAGGUCGAGGAAAAGCACGGCACCUUCUCGAGGUCGCUUACACCCCUCUUUAUGGGCAUUUCGGCCGCCAAAGUCGACGGAAAAGCUGUCAUUGCUCUGGCCGCCCAUGACCAGACCUACCUGGUCGAUUUCACCGUGCAGCACAUUCCUCUCGACGCUGACAACAGCCACAAAUCCGCCAGCAACAACAACAACAUCGACACAAAGGAAAAUAGCAAUGGAGAGACUAAGAACCUGCUCGAGGACGGGACGCAGGACGUCAUUGCCGACUGGAUCGUCACCAACGUGCAGACCUACGAGCGCUCGCACCACGUCAAGUUUGUUGGCGCGGGCGUGCCGGACAAGGUCGCCGACCAACUGAGCCCGACGCUCUGCUCGCGGCUGUGGCUCGAGACGGACAUUGUGCCGCUCGUCCUGAAGAUUGACGGCGACGUUCCGGGCGACUUCUGGGACGCGAAGCACUUGGACGAGCAGGCGGACUCGAUGGCGCGCAAGUGUGUCAUGAACUUCGGUCCGUCCCUGACGCCCCUUCUCCAAGUCGGCUUCCGCGGGCUCGUCAUGACCGACGCCGGUUUCAAGGCUCGUAUGAACCGGCUGCUCGACCACCAGGGGACCAACGGCGAGACGACGUGGCGGGCAGUCAACGUCCUCGCCGACAGGCUCAAGGAGCGCGGCACAAAGAUUGCCUUCUUCAGCGCGACACCCCAGGGCGGAGGCGUGGCGCUCAUGAGGCACGCUCUGGUGCGGUUCUCGAAGCUCAUGGGCGUUGAUCUGCGGUGGUAUGUCCCAAAGCCUCGUCCGGGUGUCUUCAGAAACACCAAGAACAUGCACAACAUCCUCCAGGGCGUGGCGGACAAGGACGACCGGCUGUCCGAGGAGCAGCGCGGAGUCAUCCACGACUGGAUCACAGACAAUGCCGAGCGGUACUGGCUCGCCAAGGACGGCCCGCUGCGGAAGCCAGAGGAAGGAGGGGCUGACAUCAUUGUGAUCGACGACCCGCAGAUGCCCGGCCUGAUCCCGUUGAUCAAGAAGACGACACCCGACCGGCCGGUGCUGUACCGCUCGCACAUCCAGGUGCGCAGCGACCUCGUGGCGCAAAAGGGUAGCCCGCAGAGCGAGGUCUGGGACUAUCUCUGGCACGACAUCCAGCAUGCCGACGCCUUUAUCAGCCAUCCGAUCCCGGAGUUUGUGCCGCAUAAUGUGCCAAGAGACAAGGUCAUGUUUAUGCCGGCGACUACAGACUGGUGCGUGCUGGACGGGCUGAACAAACCCAUGAACGACUGGGAUCGCGGAUACUACGCGAGCAACUACAACCUCCAGUGUCAUGUGCAGGAUAUGACACCGUUGCGUUUCAAAGAGUCCAAGUACAUUGUCCAAGUCGCGCGGUUUGAUCCGGCCAAGGGCAUUGACACCGUCAUCGACGCGUACGCCGAGUUCUGCCGUCUCGCCAAGGAGAAGGACAUCAAGGACAUCCCGCAGCUCGUAGUCACCGGCAACUCGUCCGUGGACGACCCGGACGGCACGCGCGUCUACGACGCCGCCCUGACCCAGAUUGAGACGCACUUCCCGCACCUCGCGACCUCGAUCAGCGUGAUGCGCCUCGACGCCAACGACCAGCUCCUCAACACGCUGAUCGCGGGGGCCCACGUGGUCCUGCAGCUCUCGACGCGCGAAGGGUUCGAGGUAAAAGUGUCCGAGGCGCUGCACGCGGGGCGGCCCGUCAUCGCCACCAGGGCCGGCGGGAUCCCGGUCCAGGUCCAGCACGAGAAGAACGGGUUCCUCGUCGAGCCGGGGGACUACAAGGAGGUUGCGAGGCGGCUGGUGCAGUUGUUUGAGGGUGGCGAUGGCGGAGAGCUGUGGAGGGAGAUGAGCAAGGAGGCGAGGACCGGGGUGAGCGAUGAGGUGAGCACGGUUGGGAAUGCGCUUUGUUGGUAUUACCUCGCCGAUCUGUUUGUGCAUCGUGGAGGGUUGGCAAAUGAUGCUGGUGGUGUCAAUGGUGAAGCAAAGAGCAGGAAGACGGUGUUUAGGGAGAGGUGGGUGAACGAUCUGGCGCGGGAAGAGGCUGGGGUGCCAUACGAGAAAGGGGAGAACCGGUUGCCUCGACAUUUCACAGAGAGGAAGUGAUACGGGACCAGGUUUUGAGCAUUUGGAAUUUCCUCGGUAGACCAAUACACUAGAGCCUCCGAUUCCACCACUAUUGU